UACUAAACCAUUGUUGCUCAGCUGAUAUAUCUCAUAAGUUAAGAAACUAAAACAGUUCUCUAUAAGUUGUCCGUAGAUUCAAAAAAAACGACUUCGUAGUGACUAUGGUUAGAGUUGCUUUUGUGGAAUGAACGAUAGUCAGUGUUGCCUCUGAUUUUUGUUGGGUUGAUGAAUCGGGUUUAAAAAUUCGAUUUUGAUUAGGGUUUCUUUUUUGAGCUAAACUUUUUGAACUUACCUUGUUACUUUGUAUUCUUUUAGAUUUUUUAGGCCAAACGUUCCACAUCCAUCUAUGCUCUCUCUUAUUUCUCUAUAACCAUCAGAAACCUUCUUUUCUCCUCACAACGGGCUAGAACAUUUGCAAUGUUCACUGGCGAUUCCACUCUUAGCUUCUUAAUCUCCAAAAUUCAAUUUUGGAUUCUCAAUUGAAAAUCCAGAAAGUUAAAUAAUACACACAGUGAUGCACGAGAAGAGGACCAACACUACAUAGAGAAGAAAAUUAAAAUAGACUCCAAAAUGGAAACCAGAAUUCGUUUCCGAAUGUAAAAAACACACCGAUUGCAAGCAAAUAUGAACAGGAAUUUAAAACAGCAAAAUGGUAAAGCCAUCAAACAAAACUGUAAACCAUCCUCUUGUACGCUCCGAAUGAUGCAAUUUCACUCAUAAUUUUGGAGUAUUGUAUAGGUGAGCAAUAAAUCUUGUUCCCCCGUUUCUCGAGCUCAAUUUUAACUUUUAUCCCCUUUUCCAAAUGUUAGUUGAAGAACCCAUUCCUGCCAAUUCAGUAAUCCCCUCGAGAGCUCUACAACAACACCUGUUCCAUCUAUUACAAAUUUGCAAAACCCUCAAAAAUAUAUCUCAAAUCCACACCCAAAUACUCAUUAAUGGUUUUUCCCAGAAAAAUUACAUUCUAGUCAAGUUACUUUCAUUCUAUAUAGCUUCUGGUAAUCUCCAACAUGCACAAAAUGUAUUCAAAAAUAUUAAAAACCCAAGUGUUACCGUAUGGAAUCAGAUUAUCAGAGGCCAUGCUCGCAGCGAAUCUCCUCAAAAGUCUGUUAUUUUGUUCAAUCAAAUGAGAGUCGCAAAGGUGGAGCCUAAUGGGUUCACCUAUUCGUUCCUUUUGAGUGGUUGCGCUAGGUCAGGAUUGUUGAGAGAGGGCGAGCAGGUGCAUGGGAGAGUUUUGGUGACAGGGUAUUGCUCAAAUGUGUUUGUGCAGACUAAUCUGGUUAAUUUAUAUGCGAUGGCUGGUGCUCACUCAGGCGUUGGGUAUGCACGUCGGGUGUUUGAUGAUAUGGGUGAUAGAAAUGUUGUGUGUUGGAAUUCAAUGCUUGCAGGGUAUAUGAGGUGUGGAAAUGUUGAUGAGGCAAGGAGGGUUUUUGAUGAGAUGAUGGAGAGAAAUGUUAUCUCUUGGACGACUAUGAUUGCAGGGUACGCUCGAAAUGGUAAGGGAAGGCAGGCAUUGAAUAUGUUUGAUGAAAUGAGGAGAGCCCGUGUGGAAUUGGACCAGGUGGCGUUGGUGGCAGCACUAUCAGCAUGUGCUGAACUGGGGGAUUUGAGGUUAGGCAGGUGGAUUCACUCUUAUAUUAGAGAAAGAUUGAGUGGUGAAAACCGGUCCUUACUGGUUUCUUUGUACAAUGCACUUAUACACAUGUAUGCUAGCUGUGGUGUGAUUGAAGAAGCUUAUGAAGUAUUUAGAUGGAUGCCACAUAGAAGUAAGGUUUCUUGGACAACCAUGAUCAGUGCAUUUGCAAAACAGGGUUAUGGACAAGAGGCUCUUGCUAUUUUUCAAUUGAUGCAAAGCAUGGGAACCGAAGAAGCAAGGCCUGAUGAGAUAACCUUCAUAGAAGUCCUAAGUGCUUGCAGCCAUGCUGGACUUGUGGAUGAAGGUCGCCAAUUCUUCAUAGACAUGAUUCAUAGUUGGGGCAUUAAGCCCAGAAUGGAGCACUACGGAUGCGUGGUUGAUUUAUUGAGUCGUGCUGGAUUGUUGGACGAAGCACAUGAUCUCAUUGAGAACAUGCCCAUGAAACCAGAUGUUGCCAUCUGGGGUGCGUUACUUGGUGGUUGCAGAAUUCACAAAAAUGCUGAGCUUGCUUCUCGUGUGGCUCCAAAAUUGGUUGCCGAGCUUGAUCCUGAUCAAGCUGCUGGUUAUCUUAUGCUCUUGGCAAAUGCUUAUGCUACUGCUAAAAGGUGGCAGGAUGUUGCUACCGUGAAACAGAAGAUGGUUGAGAUGGGUGUGAAAAAGCCUGCUGGCCGAAGUUGGGUUCAAAUAAAUGGAGUAGUUCACGAUUUUGUAGCAGGUGACACGACUCAUAAGCAUGCAUCUUCGAUCUCUGAGAUGCUUGGCAAAAUUAGCAGGCAAGUUAAGUGUGUAAGCAACAGUCCAGACACAUGGAAUGAUAACAUUUUCAGUUGUUGAUGAGUAGCACAGUGACACAGAGACUCGAAUCUUCAGUCACCAAGGUGAAAGAGUCCAUCAAUCUGGGAAAAGCUUUUUGCUGCCUGCUCAUCGGCUCAUGGGCCUAAUAUGAUGCCAUCUCUAGGUAGAGCCGUAAAAUUCAUAGAAUUGACAAAUUUGAAGUAAGUUUGAUAUGUAUUACUAGGUCUUUUUUUUUUUUUUUUUUUAAUUUUCAGAAAAACCAUUUAUAUAAUACACACACAGCCAUAUAUUGUUGCUAUGGAAAAUGAAAUCCAAAGUGGCCUUAACAAAUUAUUCCCAAACUCUAAAAUCAAAUUCUGCAUAUUACUAAAAUCCAAAAUCUAGCAUCUAACCCAAGAGAAUAUUCAGCAAUUAGAUAAUGCCUAAAUGAUGGGGAUGAGAAUUAAAAGAAAUAAUAUAAGGUAAUGGGAUUGGAAGAACAGCUCAAAAUAGAAACUUUCUAGAGAAUCAAGAAAGGAGUAGGAAGUUUGAUAUAAUUGACAAAUAAAAAGAAAUUUAUGAGGAUGAAGUCCAAGGAAAAAAAAAAAAAGAAAAGGUAGAGAAUGAAGUAGGUUCUCCUCAAUGAAAAGUGAAAACAAUCUUUCGCUAUUAUUUGUUCCUAAACUAACAUGCAAUCGAACACGUUGUGUGAUAUAAGCAAACUUGAAUCUACAUUUACAUUGAUAGAUUAGAACUGUUCUUUGUGAUGAAGCUGACAACUGAUUGAAUAUAUAUAUUAUUCUUUACAGUAGUCUGCUUCUUGUAAAAUUGGAGUUCAUAAAUAUCAGAGACUUGUUUUUUCUUUUCUUUUCUUUUUUUCUUUUUUGGGUGCAGUGUUUGCUGUAAGAUGUUGCCAAACGCUUCAUAAGACCAUACUAAUCAGUGCUUCCCGAAAGUGGGAAUCCCAGGGUUGCCAUAUGGGCAAUCCAAGAAACAAAUCAGCAGUAACCAAGUUAACAUGUUUCUUAGGACUUCCGAUCACAAGGCAAAGGAAACUUAGGACUUGUGUUUACUUCAGGAAUGAUUCAUCUUAUACCAAAGAUCAAGAAUGCUGGAAACCUUUUAUUACAAAGAAAGCCAAAGAAUCAUCCCUCACUCCACGGAUAAAAAAGAAUACAAAAAAAAAAAAAAUGUUCACCACAUA